AACUUUCGGUUUCCAGUUAGACAUUGGAUAUAAACUAAACAAACAGUGCACCAGGUGGACACUUCAAGAAAGACUGCAAAGGGAACAAAACAGCAGACAAAACAUCUUUUGGACUGGGCUACUGAUCAUUUUCUUGCUCUUCUAAUGAGAUUGUGUUGCUGAACUUGGACGACAAACAUCAUGGGAGUCAAAGGAUUAAAAUCUUACAUAGAGGAAAAUAAUCUCUAUUUGAAAGACCAUUUUACAGGGAGCAAGUUAGUUAUCGAUGGGUGUAAUCUGUGCAGUGCUCUUUAUGAAGCCUCAUAUCAUGAUUUGAAGCAUGGUGGGGAUUAUUACGUUUAUGAGAGUUUGAUCAAGAAGUUUUUUGCGGCUCUGAAAAACUGCAACAUAGAGCCCUAUGUUAUCCUUGAUGGAGGAAGUGGCCAUACUGACAACAAACUGAAGACCCUCAAGCAACGUGCCCAACAAAGAAUUAAAACAGCUAAAGACCUGUCAUUAGGGCGCAAAUGUUAUGGUGGAGGUAUUAAACCAGCACUCUUGCCAAUUGUUUUCAGCCAGAUGCUCACUCUUUUGAAGGUACCAUUUGUCCAGUGCAUGGAAGAGGCUGACUGGGAAAUUGCUGCUCUGGCCAAUCAGUGGAAUUGUCCAGUCCUAUCAGACGAUAGUGACUUCUUUAUCUUUGAGCUAAAAGCAGGAGUUUUACCCAUUUCACAUUUCGAGUGGCGCAAAGUUUCCGCCCAGAAGUUCAUUCCAGCCAAGAGAUUUUUAGUCUCAAACUUCUGUAAGUCUCUCCACAACCUGAACGAGCAGUUUCUCCCUCUCUUUGCUGCCUUAGCAGGGAACGACUAUAUAAAUGUCCCAAAACACACUAUAAGAUGGGAGGAACUCUCCAGAUAUAGUGGAAAACAUACCCGUCUUGAUGGCAUCCUCCAUUGGUUGUCUGGCUUCCAAGAUACCAAGGAAGCUAUUCGCGCUUUUCUUGACUGCGUCGGAGAUCAGAAGUCCAGAGGUCAAGUACAGACGGCUCUCACAGCGUGUCAUAAAGAAUAUGAAGUGAAAAAAAGCAACGUGGCCCAGUUCUUUUUGAAGGCUGUCGUCCCCGGCAAAUUGCCAGUGGAGCUGCAGGUUCUCCCCGACUGGAUGCGGAUGCCACUGUCUGAGGGGAAUCUGAGUUCUACUAUCAUCGAUGCCCUAGUGUUACAGAGAGUCCGACUGAGGGCACAAGUUGAGAACUUUGAAUUCCCCAGCAGCCAUGCGAUCUCGAGGCCUAUUCGUCAGGUGCUGUAUGGCCUUCUGUUGUCCGACCAGAAGCAGAGGGAUGACAGAAAGCCCAUAGUUGCCCGUGUGAACCCAGGAGAGUGCUAUGUGGAAGAAUAUGACAGAGAGGGCUUGACUCUAACCAUUUUCUGGGUUAAGGCUGCUUGCCCGGUUAGUGGGAAGGACCUACAUCUGAAAACACUGAACGAGGCCCCACGGGAGCUACGAUUGAAGGUCCUUAACGACACGCUUGGUGUGUCCAAACUCAUUUCAACACCCAUUGCAGCCAAAUUUCAGCUUCCUGUCUACGUCACAUGCUAUUGGCUUAGUAAAGCCGACCCACAGCCAUGUUUGGAGCACCUGUGGGCCUUGCUCCUGGGAUUUGUGUUUGGAGAGCUGAGUGACCGAUACAAGGGCGAGACAGGUAUUGCGCUGGUGUUGAAGAGACUGACCAACCUGGGGAGUCACACCACACCUGGAGGCCCAGACCUGAUGGCAGCUCACACCUACAGCCAAUGGCAGGCCUGCAUGAGGGACACUUACAAACUCAACCAACUGCUGUGUCUCCCUCAGGCUGAACUCUGGCCAGAUCCUGAACUUGCAAGGCUUUAUAGCGGACCCUUGGUUCACCAGGCUGCAGCGAGGCUGAGGAGAGGCGCCACCCCAGAGUCGUUCCUCAGUGGGGGGCCAAUCCCCCUGCAGCUCUUCAGAGACCUCGAACGUGCCGUGCUGGACUCCCUGGAUGACGACGUCAGGGACCGGCUGCAGAGAGGGCUGCCACAAAAUCACCCUACGAGAAGAGCCCAAACUAGAGGGAACUUGGAUGAACUGGCCAGACAAUUCGAUCAGAUGUGAGAUGAUGAGAGGAAAGGCGAAGUCUGAGGAUUAGGAAGCCUAUGUCCAGAUCCGCACCCGACACAAGAAGAAGAGCAAGGCUCUGCGAGCUUGCAGUCCUCAUAAACUGAAUAAGCGAAACAGAGUGAUGGGCAGCAUGAUCACAUACAUCAACUUUCAGAACUUAAGAAACACUUUUUAAAGUCUUACAUAAUUAUAUUUACCUCAUGAAUGUGUUGCACUCAAGAUGAACACAUAAUGGAAUGAAUAUUUGCUAAUCUUUCUAUCUUUUAAUGUAUUUUAAUGUUUUAAGACUUGUGAUUGAUAAUCUAUUUUAAUAGAGUUCUUUGUUGUACCAACUAUACUGACAUGAUGAUGCAUGUACGUAUGCAUAUAUAUUUUGUUCUAGGAGGCCAUAUAAUUUGAUUUUAAAAUUUUAAAAUUUUACGAUUAAGUUGUUUGUUUUCUGUCUUGGUAUUGAAGAAUUCUAGCCUACAAAUCUAGACGCACCCUAGCGUCCCAUUUGCUGCCAGGGCUAGAAGAAUUCAUCUCAGCCUCCUUAUUUUAAGGUUUAUUAAAACAUUUGAA